ACAAAAGUGGAUCCGAUCAUCAACAGCAGCCUGGAAAUGCCCAUCAGAGCUGAGUCCUCCACAACCAGAGCCAACCAGAGCCGCCGUUAGCAGCACAAACCGCACGCCAUGGCGACCAUGCCGUUUGUCAGCGAGGGGAAAUGUGUGAGUGUGGAGUGGGAUUUCCUACAAGGACUACUUGCCAAACCUCCCACUUUACCCUGUCUCCAGAACUUGCGUAAAGAAAAGUCUCGGAAUGCAGCUCGUUCUCGGCGAGGGAAGGAGAAUUUUGAGUUCUUCGAGCUGGCCAAAAUGCUUCCACUGCCCGGGGCAAUCACAAGCCAGCUGGACAAGGCGUCGGUCAUCCGGCUGACCAUCAGCUACUUGCACAUGCGCACCUUUGCCAGUCAGGGAGACCCGCCGUGGAGCCCUCUGCUGGAGGGGGACAACAACUGCAGCAAAGUCAGACGAUCAUCUCACUCUCUGGCCACUGACAUGUUUGAGCAGCACCUGGGGGCUCACCUCCUGCAGUCUCUAGAUGGCUUUGUGUUUGUGGUCAGCCAGGAGGGACGCUUCCUCUACAUCUCAGAGACAGUUUCUAUCUACCUGGGGCUCUCACAGGUGGAGCUGACAGGAAGCAGCGUGUUUGACUACAUCCACCCGGCGGACCACGUCGAGAUGGCCGAGCGGCUGGGAAUCAGGCCGCACCUGCGGGCCGAGGCCGGCUGCCACACAGCCCCCGAGAGCGCCUCCAGCUCGGCGUCCACCUCCUCCCUAGCCGGUACCCCUGAACCUGCUCCAUCCAGCCCGCACGCCUCUGCAGACGAUCCUACUGAACGAGGGUUCUUCAUUCGCAUGAAGUCCACACUCACCAAACGAGGCCUGCACGUCAAGUCUUCUGGGUACAAAGUGAUCCACGUGACGGGGCGAAUCCGCUGCCGCCCUGCUCUUGUCCCGGGCUCCACGCACUCGGUCCGCCGUCCCAUGGGCUUGGUUGCACUGGCUCACACGCUGCCACCCUCCACCCUGAAUGAAGUGCGCAUGGAGAGUCACAUGUUUGUCUUCCGAGUGAACAUGGACCUUCAGGUCACGUACUGUGAGAACAGGAUCUCAGAGUACAUGGAUCUGACCCCUGCAGAGGUGGUGGGACACACCUGUUACCAUUUCAUCCACGUAGAAGAUCUGGAAAACUUCCGGCAGAGCCAUGAGGAUUUGCUGAGGAAAGGCCAGGUGGUGACUGGCUACUACCGCUGGCUGCAGAGGAGAGGGGGCUACCUGUGGAUCCAGUCCACCGCAACCGUCUCCAUCAACCACAAAGCCCCCCAUGAGCGCAACGUCAUCUGGGUUAACUAUGUCCUGAGUCGGACGGAGCUGCCUGACACUCCGCUGGAUCUGCUGCAGCUGCCUGAAAGCAUACGAGCCGAGCGGCUGCGAGUCAGCCCGCCCCCGACUGACAGCUCCCCACUGGCUCGAGGUGCCAAACCGGUGAAGGGCUCAGUGGGGAAGAGCCCCGACCCUAAAGGCAGAGAGAAGUUCCCCGCCGCUGCCAUCCACACCGACGACAGAAGGAAGCGCCUGCUGAGGUCCGACCCCGAGGGCGCCCCUCCAGAAAGUCGGCGCCGACUGGAAGAGCUGCGGCACACGGAAGAGGUUAUAUCGGCCUCCUCGGACCUGGCGACGGAAAGUGAGGGCGAGGAGGAAGAGGAGACAGAGUGGGACGAAGGGGGAGACAGCGACAGGUUGAAACAGGAAGACAGCGGAGGAGGAGGAGGCAAGCAGGGCAGAGGAGGGGACGCCCCGGCUAUUGGGGAGAGGGGGGGAAUGGUGCACAACGGGAGGGCUGUGAUCCAGCAGCUGAAGAGUGUGGUGGCCCCCACCCCUUUGCCAGGAAACUCCAGCAUCAAGACUGAACACGAAGCCCUGGCCGGCGGAGGCCACUGGGGGUCCCACACACAGACCCCCAGCUCUCACACACACAACUCCCACCCCCAAACAGCACACACACAAACUCCGUCCAACAGCCUGAACGGCGACAGCCCCACCACUCCCGUCCCAGAUUCGUCUUCCAGCAGUGAAGCCCCCCCAAAAGGCCUGUUCACCCCUCCCUCCCCCGCUCUGUCGCCUGCCAUGUCGGUGUCCUCCCCCGUGCCGCGCGAGGAGAGGGCGUCGGCAGGGGUGGUGAGUCGCAGCGGCGGCACAGGAAACGGCCCCGACUUCGAGCUGCUCCAGAGACUGGCUGCAGGGGGGGCGGCGGGGCGGGUCCUCUUCCACCCCCUCGCCCUCGGCCCGCAGGGCCCACAGAGCCUGUACGCUCCGAGCACUAUCCGCUACGCUCCGCCAGAGCUACCGCCCUCCCACCACCACAGUGCAGGACACAGUGAUGGCCUGCAGCUACGCUCGGACCACCACAAGGGACCCCCACCUGCCUUUUUCCCCCACCUACAGCGGCUGGCUGGCCUGCCACCCUUCAGUGGUUUCUCCCCGUCUGACAGCCCUUUCUCCUCCGGCUUGCCUUUCUGUAUGAAUGGACUGAGGGGGGCUGCGGGCACGGAGGAGGACUGAAUCUCAAGGGGGAGGGAAAAGAAGAGAAUAAAUAAGUGUGCAGUGACAGGACGGAUAGAGAGAUGCUGAAAAGGGAGAGAAUUACGGCACUGGCAGGACACCGAGCCUCGGAGGACUUUACUAAUUUGACAAUGAGUCGAACAACUGCAAUUUAUAGAAUAUGACAAGAUGCUGCCAUUCAAAUUUACUCUGGACAAGCGACAGCGUCUCCUGCAGAAAAGUGGGAACUCCUGACAGGCUGUCCCUCAAGACUCUCCAUCCUCACAACAAUAACAAACUCUGCUCUGUGUCUUUACACGGUUGUGUUGAUUUCUGUGUUUCUUCCACUCAGAGAAGCCAUAUUGUAAAUAGAGACAAAACCAUGAAGACCCUCAGCUCACACAUGCAUCACUCCAAUUAACCCAAUUAACCCCUAAGCCAGUCAGACGGGGGCGGGGCAGACACUUAUUAGGAUUUAAAGAGAGAUUUUAUCAUAGCAGUAUUACACCGGGCACCAGGAGAGAGUUUGAUAUCGGGUUUACACUUUGUGUUCCAGCUCAUCAUGGAGUGUUGAUCAGUCAGCCAUACUUAAAGCACACUGUUGGGACUAAACUCUGAGAAAUGGAGUCCCAAACAUUCCAGUAUAUAUAAGGGAAUAAAAUGCAAUGAAGACAUAAUGUUAUUUUUGUUGUUUGAUCAUGGAAAGUUCAUUUGUUUUAAAUGAGUGUUAAUUAUAGUAUAUACUUUAUGAUGCUGCAGCUGUGUUUGUGCAUGAAAGCCAUAUUAUGCUUUUAAUUUGAAGGUUUUUUUUAUUUCAAAUGCAGAGAUUAAGGGUUUUCAUUUAUUAUCAUCAUACUACUUUAUAUUUCUGACAAAUAUUGGAGAAAAGGGGGCUGGACAGAAUAGUUUUGCCACCUGGACCUCUGAUUUUUUUUUAUUUUUUAUUUUUUCUGAGCACUUAAACUUGUGUGGACUUGAAAGCACUUCACGACUCAGACGUAUGAUCCUGAUGUGGUCAUAAAUAUUGUAGCCCGGUCACUGUGAAGUAAGGGGGUGUCCUUAUUCAUGGAUAAGUCAAUAAACAGACGUGUCGUCAUUAAAAUAUGACCAUUUACGGUCAAUAAAACCAAUGAAUUAUUCGAAAGCAGAACUUUUCCGUUAACAGGAAGUUAAAUUUCAAAAUAAGAGUGGACGUAGAAACACUUUAAAUUUGUCUUUCCCACUGAUUGAUCAGAAUUCUUCUCAGGACUAAGAAAAUAAGAUGUU